UAUUUGUGAAUUUCGAACACAGAUUACUAGUAUAAUAUUGUAUUUCGAAAUACCUAGGUAAUUUUUAAUUCCUAUUGCAGAAACCGCAAUAACCUUAUUAAAAAGGGAGAAUGUCCGAUGAACGUGAAAAAUACAACCAGGACCCAAGAGUUAUUUGUAAAUAUGGUGAAAUGUGCUAUCAAAAAAAUGAGGAACAUCAUAAAAAAUACAAACAUCCACCACCAUCAAAAACAGUGAAGAAGCACAACAUGCAUCGUUUUUUGCCUUUUAAUAAAGUUCAAAAGACUUUAAAAGGAAAGUCCGCUGAUUCUCCAAAAGCAGAAACUCCAAAUAACUUGGAUAAAGCACCAGAAACAUCAAAGUCUGAUGAGGUCAGCCAAGAUGAGAAAUCAUCAGGUACGUCAAACGCAGCAUCAGAUACACAAGAUACAGUCGUUUCUGGUGCAGAAUCUAAUAAUGAUGAAGAUAGUUCAGAAGAAGAAUGCAACUUUUCUUAUUACCAUAAACACACAGAUCCUAUAAUACUAAAGGAACUUUUUCUGGUCGAAAUGCCUGAUGAUUUCUUUAAAUUUUUCGAAUGUUUAAAAAAAGAAGCCAAAAAGGAGUCCAAGCCAAUUGAAAAUAUCUUAGAUAGUGUAAAUUUACAAUUAAUUGGGCCAUUUGAUUUUCUCAUGGGAAAGUUACCAAAAAUGUUGUGCAAGGAUAUGUAUUUAACUCAUUGGAGAUUUUAUUAUGACCCUCCAGAAUUUCAGUCUGUUCUAAAAAAGAAGGGCACUAGUCAAUUCCACAUUGGCUAUUUUCGAGAUGAUCCUAAAGAAAAGCCAGUGUUUUUGGCCAAAAAUGACAGUGCAAAAGACUGUAUUAUUACACCAAUAUCAGAAAAUAUAUUUGGAGCGGUUUACUGGUAUCUACAACAUGAAACCAUUAAAUCGCCAUUCACCAAAAUGGCUUCCCAAAAACUGAUAAAUAAAGUUAAGUCUUGGGCUGAGCAACAUAAAUAUACAAUUGAAGAAUAUGACAUGAAGAAGCGCCAGAAACAAAUUGCUUGUAGAACCUUCCAUGGUGCUGGUAUUGUGGUUCCAUACAACAAGGAAACGCAAGUUGGAUAUAGACCUCUGGUGGAAAAGGAUGUAAAAAUAAAAGAAAUGUUCAAGAAACUCAAAGAUGCUAAAACACAAGAUGAAAAAGAUAAAGUAUUAGCAGAGAUUCAACCAAUCAUAACAUACGCAAGUAUAGCUGUAGACGAAUGCGACUUUGGCACUGGACUCGAAGCUGGCAUUGCUCUGUUCUGCUCGGGUCUUAAGGAACUCCAAUCGAAUGCUCUAAAAUGCUUAGAGGUUGCUUACUCAUUACUUAAAAGAGAUGCUUUCAAAAAAAUCAUUCAGGUACAUCUCGAGCGACGUCGUAAGGGUGUUAAGUUAAGCAUUUUGUAAGUUUUUUUUUUAAUUUUUGCAAUGGGGACUAUCGGUUUUUGCUCACCAGUUGGCGCCACUGUUGACUAUGUUCCAGAGAUAUAGCCAUGGCCCAUGUAAGGCGACUUUAUUAGAUAUCGGUAUCAACAUUUUUUUAAUACACAUUCAUUGCCAAAUAGGUAAUCCAUACUUUCACAUGACACUUCACAACAGCUAUACAUAAGGAUUUUUUUUAUUGAUUAUUUUGUAGAUUUUAUGACACAAAUUCACGUGACACUAAUGCCUCUAGUGGCAAAUUAUACUAUGAUAGUCCCCAUUGAAUACAUCCCUUAUAAGCGGGUUCCAAUUGGUUUAUUUAAUGAGAAAUAAGUUAUUUGUUUUAUUUGUUAUGAGUAAAUGUUGUUAUUUGUUUUGCUUAUUGAUACAUCCUAAACAUUUGAAAUGUAAUGUUUGACAGUAUUAUAAUUUCAAACGUGUGAAAAAGAGGUCUCGUUACAUUAAAAAAAAUAAUG